UUGUUGUGUUUUCUAUAUCUACUCAUACUGUACUAGUAUCUAGUGCUAUCACAAUGUGUAUUUAUUAUAAUUCUAGGUAAAUUUAAUCAAAAACAGAUGGGGGUUUGUCUGUAAAGUCUGUUUACGGACAAUAAUUUUACGUGAUAAUGUCAUAAGAAAACAUUGAUGAAAAAUUGCAUACUUUUUAAUCUUCAAAUAUUAUUUACAGUUUUUGCAAAUUUAAUUUAAAUAAUUUGUUUAAAUAUAAUCACGAACAAUUAGUUAUAGAAAUAAACUGAAAUCAAAUCAAUGUCAAUAAAUUGUUAAUUUGAAAUGAUGAAAUUGGACAAAUCAAAUUUUUUAAAUUGCUGCUUUGAAAAACCCCCCCUUUAAACCUGUUUGAUAUUAUAGAAGAUUUUCUCGCGCGGUGGUUGGCCGGUUCUUUCACGCUCGGCUGAGGCAGAACGUGACAAUUUUUAGUGCGUGCAGCCGGCGUUCAUUAAUUUAUAAGAUGUUAUGUCAAAAAAAUUUUUGAAUUACAUUUUUUUUGUAUAUUUUGCUUAUUUAUUAUAAAAAAGGUGAGUUUUUCAACAAAAAUUAUGGUUCAAAUGUUUCUUUAUAAUAAUCACUGAAAUAUAGACUGGUUUCAAGUUUGUAGUUAAUGAUUGAAAGUAUUUAAAGUGAGAAGUCUAAUUAUAAAGAGAUGUGUUAAAUAAUUAUGGAAAAUUUUCAUUUUGUUUUUAAAUAUAGUAUGACUAUCAAAUUAUGAGUUAAAGUUCAAUUUAAUACCAGAGCAAAUUUAGAGAAAUAAUUUUUUUUUAUCAUACCUAAUUUUUAUGACAGUAAAUGAACAUUUUGAGGGUUUGGUUAUAACAUGAGAUCCUAUAAAGUUCAACUUUAAAUAUAAAUUUCUUUUGUAACUUUACAUUUUUUUUCAUUUCUUCACUGCAUUUGUAUUGAUUAUGUGUAGCUUUAUAUACUGCAGGCUAUACUGGGGUGCUGUUGUAUUAGCUUAUGUUUUUUAUUAUUUGAACCCCUUUGCAGCACUUGUGAAGAAUCAGCUUACAAGUAAGUUCAGCUUAGAAGCAUUUGUAAUUGUCUAAUGAGUGAUUUUUGAGAGGUGAGACAUUAGUGGGUUAAAUCUAAACCCUCAAAACAUCACGAAAUGUUUGAUAUUAGAGGAAAAAGAUUCAAUAUAAAGUAAGGUAAAUUCAUUCACUAACCCUGGUAUAGUCUACUUGGCUAUUUUUUUACUUUGGAAAAAAACUUAAAUAAAUUAUGUUAUUAAGUACAGUGCUUUCAAAAAGUUAUGUUGCAGGGAACAUGUGGAAAAAUAGUGCUUAAAUUUUGUAAAUAUGAAUAUAAAAUUUUAUGUUUCCUUGGUUUUAAAGAAUUUAUUUUUUAAAUUUUAGUUGGACUAAGUUCUAUAUUUGAACCAUAGUUAUUUUUGUGAAUUGUUUAUUACAUUAGCACCUUUAAUUCUCCAAUUGAGAAAAAAAAAUUGCUAUGUACAUCUAUGUUGCCAAAGAAAAGGCCAGUUCAGUAGAUAACAUUUUGUGUGUGUUCUGUUUUUGCUGAAGCAAAGUAUUUUUGAACAUGAUAUAACUAAAAUCUGCAUUUAAAAUUCCAGUUAAACCCCGACUUUCUUUGAAUUAUUCUCGCGAUGGGAAAUGCUGAUUUGAAACAAUUUCAUGGACAUGCAUCAUUGAUACAGUACGCUGCAUGUCGUAGGUAAACCUUGCACUUUUGCUGUGACAUGCAGUGUAAUCCAGAAAUGGUAUGACAUGAAAUUGUUUUAAAUAAAUUAAAACCUUUGUGAGGCCCCACACUACCAGUUUUGGUGCUGCUUAAUUUAGACCGAACAGUCUGAACUGACAUUUUGGACUGAACUUCCCCACAUGUGACCAGUCUUGUAGUUGCUGUUGGAUGUAUCGUUUCAUCAUGGUAAAUGGAAGAAACUUCGAAUGUUGCAGACAAAAUAGCAAAGCAACCAAAGAGGGUAAACAAAGAUAUCUCCCAUGACACUGCUAAUAGACCGAUUGUUUGAUCUGAUGAGAUGCUGUUGACUGUUUCCACACACAGAAGUUUGGACUGAGGGUUUCUCAAGGCCACAGUCUGAUUCGGUGGAAAGCCAUCAGAAGUCCUGACUGUCAGUACGGACUGGUGGGGUGUGUUGGGACCUUUAAAAAUAUCCCAGUUGAGAAAAGUUGCUGCAUGAUAAAUUAAAAGAAUAUUUAUAGCACCCGCCUAUAGGAAUAAAUACAUCCUUUUAAUAAGUCUCAAAUUUCAAAUACCUUUUGAGAAACUUUUUAACGGGGUUUUACUUUACGUAAUUUGUAAUAAGCUGGUUUGGAACCCAUUUAAUCAGAGUUAAAAUUAAUCUGCAAGCUUUUGUGUGUUGCGUAAUCAUUUUGACAUUUAUGUAAAUAUUGGUGAUGAACCCGGGAAAUAUUUCUGAUUUAAUGUAUUUGCGUACAUAUCUUAGUGAAGACUGUAUUACAGCAUUAGUUUAGUUGGGGAUGUCAAAAGGAUGCCAUUUUUGUAAUUUGGAUUAUUUUUUUUAGAUACUGCCUAUAUUUCAUGAUUUAAAAUUAGUUUUGAAGUUAUUUGUUUUUACUUUUUGGUUUUGUGUGGUGGUUUGCUUUUUAUCGCAGUUCAUUCAACUUUUCUCCAAUCAUCAGAUGCACUAUGUACAUAUUAGCAUAGUGAAAAAUUCAUAGGAAUUUUCUUAAAAUAAUAAAUUUAUUAAGUAUUUGUUGGUCAGUUAGCCGGAAAGAUCUUUACUGAUACUUAAACAAAUUUAUAUUGACAGCUAAAUGUGAAACAGAUGUUACACACGGUUAUAUUAGUUAAGAGAAAAAAAAGUGUUCCAGUAAAAUAAUAUAUCUUGGUAAAUGAUAUAUAUUUUUAGCUAUAAUUUAAAAAAAAAAAAUUAAGUUUUGUUCAUGAAGAUAAAGUUUCCUUUGUGGUAUCCAUUCUAAAAGAAAUAAAAAAUUUUGAAUUAUGUUACAUGUUAAAUUAUUGAUGGGGGAUGCUGUCGUGGAAAAAUUUUACAGUGAGAAACUUAGAUUACGUGUCCCUAUGGAGAUGACUAUAUGCAUCAGAGGCUGCCUCAUAUACCAUCUGCUCUACGUAUGUAUUGGUUGACUUGUGCUCAAAUAUAUUUUUAUUUUGUUUUUACUUAGUAGGGAAAUCUUGAAACAAAAUUAUGGCUGCUACAGAUCUAGUUUUGUUUUUAUUAUGUGAAUUUCUACAUCUGAAGUUGAAGACUGAUGUUCUGGCAAGAACAAGUUUAUUUUGAACAAAAUUUUUGUGACUACAUUAAUUUGUGUUGUGGGUUAAGCACCUAGGAAAUGGAAUGUGACAAGUAUGUAAUAAAAAGGGUAGGGGGUGUUUGUAUUUGGGCAUACUGUAUGUAGUAUGAAGCUUGUUAUUAAUAAUGCAGUUCUCGGAGUUGGAGUGCAGUAAGAGCUAGCUUAUACGUAACAAACUUGCUGAGGUUUGAGAAAGAAAACUGCAAAAUGCUGGAAACAGGAAUUAUGUAUGAGCUAUACACCUAUGAAUUUAGUUACUUUCAACAAAUAUGUUUGAUGUAAUUUUAAUGCUGACCUAUAAUUUGGCUUUAGUAAGUGAAUUUGAGUCUGGGCUGUUAUUUAUACUUGCUACUUUGAAGUUUAACACAAAGGCUAAGCAUGGUAUUUUAUAUUCACUUUGAAAUACAGAUUUUUACUCUACAUACCGUACUUCAGGCAAUAAAUUAAAAUAUGGUUGUAUUAAAUAGGUAACCCUUUUUGAUAGAAAAAAAAAACAUUUGUUAACCCAUGAUCAUGUGUUGUAAUUUGAUCACUUACUGGGUAGGGCAUAAAUAAGAGGUAAUAAAAAAUACAUUAAAAAAUAUAAACAUUUCUCUUUGAAAUGAAAUUUUUAAUACUGAAAUAUCCUUAAAUUUUGUAUUAUAAUCAACCUGGUUGACUUAGAACACAAGUAAAAGUUCAAGUAAUUCAGUUUUCAUCUCCCCUCUGGGGCUCAAAAUUAACCAAACAUUAGUUAGGCGUGUUUAAAAAAUGUAAAAUAUAUUUUUUUUGUUGUGAAUUAAUCUUAUUCACAGGCUUAUACUACAUUUUUAAGUUCUAUAGUUUUACAAAGGGCAUGAGUAAGAAAUUUUUUUUUUCUCGCAACAAGUUAGGAGAAAGUUGUUUUUCGUUUUUCCUUAUAGCAAACGUACAGUGACCAAGGUCUGCUGCUGCAAUAAAACAUUUUCAAUAAUUUGGGUUUCUGAUGGCCAGAGGCCAAUAGUCAUGAAUUUAUUAAAAAAAUAAUAAUAGACUACUUUAAAAAUUGCUCUAAUAACUUCAAAGCCCGAUUUAAUGUUCAUUUAUUGCGUCGUCUACGUGAAAAUGUAUUAAUAUUCAGAUUAGAAAUGCUCGCAUCCACAAAAGGAGAGCGAUAAUUACAACGGGUUACUGCAGUCCAAAAAACAAGUUAAUGGCGAUUAUAAUUAUUUCUCCUUGUUGCGAAUAUAAAUGUCGGUUGCAUAUUUAACAAACAUUUUUCAAACUGGAGUCUUAAAUAUUUUUAACACGCGGAAACAACGACCGCCGUGAGAACAUUCGCCAGUUUCCAAUGACAGUUUCGCCUCGUCCAUAUGAUCUGUCUGCGCGGAGCGCGGAGGGAUACAUUCGUCGUGUCUUGGCAGCACAGUCGCCCGUGGUUCGCUCCAUGGUGGUAAGAAGUGCUUGUGUUUUGAAGAUGUGGUUCUUGGUCGAGUAUCGAAUGUUGAACUGGUUUCGGUAGGAGCGGAUGUGUUUUUGCGUUGUGGAACGUUUUGCGUUUACCUUCCAAUGGAACUAGAUUUUUCGUGAAAUAUUAACACUUUUUGUGUCGAAGAAUGGAAUGUCCUCACCUUUCGGAUAGUAUAAAAAUCCAAAUUAUUCAAGAAAAAAUCACAAAGAACUGGCAAUGUGCAGCGUGCGGGACGACCCAGAACCUCUGGCUGUGCCUGGUGUGUGGCAACGUGGGGUGCGGCCGCUUCGUGAACGGCCACGCGAAGCAGCAUGGCGAGGAGAACGCCACCCACCCGCUCUGCAUCGACUGCGAGGCGUACGCCGUGUACUGCUACGCGUGCGAUGAGUUUGCGGUGAACGACACGGAGGGCGGGGACGUGGCGCUGGUGCGGCAGGCGCUGUCGCGCAGCGCGACGGGACGGGCGGGACUGGCGGGGGACCGGCCCCCCUCCCCCGACCCGCUCAACAAGGAGAACGACGCGGAGGCGGCCGCGGCCUUGGCCCAGGAGGAGCUGUGGAAGUCCGACGAGAGCCUGGCCAAGGAGAUGCAGGAGAACGUCAGGAUCCUGCGGCCCCGCGCCAAGAAGCGGUCGUACUGGACGGACAGCAACGGCGAGAACAGCCAGUGCAAGCGGCAGGACGUGGGCCUCAAGAACGCCAACGCGAAGGCCCGCGACAAGAAGGUGGUAGGCCUGCGCAACCUCGGCAACACGUGCUUCAUGAACGCGGUUCUCCACUCGCUCAGCACGAUCCAGGAGUUCUGCUACUACUUCAAGCAGCUGCCGUCGCUGGAGGCGGGCAGCCGGCCGGGCCUGGCGACGCGCCGGCUCUACCACUCGCGCAGCUACUGCGAGAUCAACGAGGCCAUCAUGACGGAGGAGCUGCGCAAGGUGCUGGUGGGGCUGAACCAGGGGGGCUGCAAGGGCGCCAUCUCGCCCGAGUCGCUCUUCCUCGUCAUCUGGAAGGUGGUGCCUCGUUUUAGAGGCUACCAGCAGCAGGACGCGCACGAGUUCCUGCGCUACAUGCUGGACCGGCUGCACACGGAGCUGCUCCACCUGCUGCCAGACUUCUCGCUCAAGGACAACCCCUACAUCUCGCUGGAGAAAAGCACCAGCUCCAUCGUCACCACCGUCUUCGGCGGCACCCUGCAGAGCGAGGUGUGCUGCCUGAACUGCACGUGGGAGUCGAAAAAGCACGACCCGUUCCUGGACCUGUCCCUGGACAUCCCAGACAAGUUCCAGUGCCAGAAGAAGGGCAAGGACGGGGAGGAGACGGUGCCCCAGUGCAACAUUGCUGACUGCCUGACCAGCUUCAUAGAGGUGGAGGAGCUGGCGGAGACGGAGUUGUACUACUGCAACAACUGCAAGAGCAAGCAGCGCUCAACCAAGCGCUUCUGGAUCAGGCGACUGCCCAACGUGCUGUGCUUGCACCUCAAGAGGUUCCGCUGGCACAACUCGUUCCGCACCAAGAUAGACACGGACGUGUCGUUCCCGGUGACGGCGCUCGACAUGUCCCAGUUCGUGCUGAGCAACCUGCACGAGACGCGGCGCUCGGGCACGGGCAGCAACCUGUACGACCUGGCGGCCAUCAUCGUCCACCACGGCUCCGGAGCUGGCUCAGGACACUACACCGCUUUUGCUGUCAAAGAUGGCCAGUGGUUCCACUUCAACGACAGCACGGUGCGGCCCACGAUGGGCGACGUGGUGGCCAAGUGCAAGCCCUACAUCCUGUUCUACAUCCGGCGGGAGUUCCGCCUGCCGCAGGUCAGCUCGUGACGGAGCGAGUGGGGCCCGCCCCCGCCCCCCCUCGCGCGCUCCACGAGCCCUUCGUAGUGGAACCAAGUGAUCGCACCAGUCUCCUUAAGAAAUGAAAAAAAAAAAUAUUAAAAAAAUAAAUUAUGCAGUAUUUUGUUUUUUGGUGCAGAGGGGAAGCUGGACUUGUGUUACGUUGAAACAUUCCGAGGCUUUUCAGUAUUCAAGUUCUCUGCUAAUUUUUUUUUUUAUGUACAUAUUGUAAUACAAAUGUUUACUGAUCACCCAGCGCCCUUUUUUUUUUUUAAAUUUUCUUGGGGAGGUUUUCGCACGCUUGCGUUCGUCUUAAACAGGAGGUGGUCUCGGUGUUUUUUUAUGUUCCUUUCUCGCUGUCCGAUGCGGAGUGAUCCCGACGGGGUUGGGGGGUGUAGCACGUGAUCGAGAGUCGGGCGUCUCGACCCGCCCGCCGACAUCUGGAUUCGACGGUGAACGGCGGGUUCACAUUUCGUUACGUACAACAUUAUUGUGGAAGAAAGACUAGGGUGUAUUUAUUGAAGUAGUAUAGCGUGAAUGCAUGUUUGUGGAGUUGCUUUCUUUUGCAGAUUCCAUUUGCAAAAAAAUUAUCAUGUCUCUUACUGGUUUUAUUAAGCCCACGAUUUUAUCAAUUUCAUUACUGCUUAUUCACGUUCGUCUAUGCUGAACGAAGUGGGUUCAUCGGGGAACGGGCGGUCGUGAAAUUAACUGUAACGUACAAAUUGAAGACAUCACAAAAGGCAAUGCCUUUACUGGGAUCCCAGUCUAUGAGAUCCACUCUCGUUUAAAUUAAGAUGAUAUCAAUAAUAGAUGUGCUCUUGAUGCAAGGUUGUGAAUCUGCUUGGGGAGAGAUAUUAUUAACACUUGCAUUCUCGGAAAUGUGUUUUUGUAUACGCCUAUUGUAAAAUUAUCAUUUGUGUAUGAUAUGAUUUAUAUUUAUAUAUAGUACUACUUUCUAGCUAGUUUGUAAACAGUUAGGUACUUUUUUUUAUAUUAUCUUUUCUCUUCUUUUGAUUGCCUGUCUUUGUUUUGUGUGUCUAAAAGACCAUCUGAACAGAACAGAUUCUUUGUUUCUGAUUUUUAAUAAACUGAUGAGUUGUGAAACCAAAAAUCAUUCAAGUGACUAAUUUAUUAUCAAAAUCAUGGGAAGUGUUUUUCCUAAAAAUAACAGAACUCUUUUUAAUUUUGUUUGAAUCACAUUUAACAAUGUUUAUCAACUCUGUGUUCAAUCAUUGUUUGAGGGUAUAAUGUUUUGUCCAGUAUUAAUUUUUUUUUUUUGCUGUUUAGAAUUUUGCAAUAAACUAAAUAGUAUAGUAGUCAGAAUUAUCAUUAUUACAUUAGCUGAUGUUCAUGUGAAGAAGUUACUAUUGACAGGCAUGCCAGCAUAAAUAAAUUUACUUUCUUGUCUUAUCAUUCUUUCCUUUAAGUAACACAAUUUUUUUAUUAUAAUUAGUUGACAACAGUGUAUUUUUUCAUCUGUUCAUCUUCUCAACAUUCAUGACCCUGUGUUGCACAUGCGGUUGCAGUUGGUAUGCGUUAGAUUUCUGCUUGUGUGGUUGGAACGUGUAUGGUGGAGCUUUGCAUUGCUGUCAAAAUUAUUUUAAGCUAAACUGACGAAAUAUAAGUCGUGUAGGUGAUAUACUGAUAAGUAAUAUGAGACUGGACACACCACACACCUCUCGGUGAGCACAUAGAGGUACAGUUGAUCCCUGUUACAAAGUGUCUCAAAGUACUUAAAAAAUUUAACUUAUUAACAUGGAAAUUUUAUUAAAUGGGUAAAAAUUGAAUGUAUUUGUAGGUCCAGUGCUACAUUUUUUUUAACUUGUCUGGGGAGGAAAUUAUCUUUAAGUGCAAUUUUUUUUUAAGAGUUUUCUAAUGUGUUUGUCAGAUGUUUCUAACAAAUUGUAGACAUUUGUCGUAGCAGGCAGCAACUAGUAUCUGCCCUUGUGUUCUCCCGCCAGAUGCCCCAAUCUCAUCAGGAAAAUGAUUGGUGUGAUGUUGAAAAUUAGUACUUUAGUUUAAUGCUAAACUUGAUGCCAAAAUAUGUUUUGGAAUGGUUUUUGGUUUAAUGAAGAGAGAAUUUGGCGGUAAGGGGGAGGCAGUAGCUCUGUCCAUCCAGUAGACUUAUUGUUUUCGCAGAUUGGUGUAUUACAGAUUUAUCAUGGCUGUGGCUACAGACAGGAAAAAAACAUGAGAAACGGGGAGGGGUGGCUGAAAUUCUUAGGGAACUAAUUAUGUAUUUUUUUAUGUGUUUUAAUUUGAACAGGGAAUUUUGACAGCUCAGAGAUGGAGUGUGGUAUUGCUCUAAUGCUGCAAGAUUGAUGUUUCCAACUACCUAUAGCACUGUGUCCUUAAGGACCAGUGAAGUUUAGUUAGUUUGAUGGAAAAUAUCACAAAGCAAUUAUAAUUCAAUCAUAGAUACGUACAACCAUCUCAACCAUCUGCAGCUCAACUUUUGGACACCAAUUGUGAUUUCAUGCUUUCACUUGCCGUGCAGUUUCAGCUUGUUUAAAAGUUUGUAAACCCUUACCUUAAAAUUUUUUAAUGUUAUGUGGAUUGUUUCUUUUUUUUGACGUGAUAACGUCUUAUAAAUCGACGAACGCCGGCUGCACGAAAAAGCAUGAAUCAUUGUCAUGUUCCGCCUGAGCCGAACGUGCAAGAACCGGCCAACCACCGUGCGAGAAAAAUAUCAAAUAGGUUAAGGCGGGCUUUUUAACUAAUUGUUCGUGAUUAUAUUUAAACAAAUUAUUUAAAUUAAAUUUGCAAAAACUGUAAAUAAUAUUUGAAAAUUAAAAAGUAUGCCAUUUUUCAAAAUGUUUUCUUAUGACGUUAUCACGUAAAAUUAUCGUCCGUAAACUGACUUUACAGACAACCCCCUUUUUUUGCUAAAACAUUAAGACGGAGUAUACAUAAUGAGACUAAGUGAGAGGUUUAACUUCAACUUCACAUAAAAAUUGUAUGUGUGUUUUUUUUUUUAGAUAAAUAUUAGAGAACAAUAAUUUAAGAAAGGGGGCCGGGGAUUUUAAAAUUUCUCUGAAAAUGUGAAAAAAUGUAAGGAAUUUUAAAAUCCUAAUUCUGUAGCCACCGUGUCAAUAUUUAUACUUCACAAUGUCCACAAUGGGAAGUAGGGGAAUUCAAAGACGGUUUGGGAAAUUUUUCAGAAACAUAAGUCAUGAAGUUAUUGUAGUACUUUAAAAAUUGAUGUACCUAUUAUAUCAAAUCAUCUGCAAAUUUUUUUGAUGAAAUGCUAAUGUUGGUGAAAAAAUUGAUUGGAGAUUUCAUUUUACUAAAUGCCUUAAAUUGUUUUUUAAAUUUACCUUUGAUGUUUAGGAUUAGAAGCUGACUAAUCCAUCAAAAAAUUUUAUUUUGCAUAUUUUUCCGCAAUAACGAAAUAAAUACCAUACUUCGGUGAGUUAUACAAAAGUCAAUUUUUUAGUAUUUUAAUUGGUCAGCAUCAAUCAAUUAUUGCUUUAAAAUAGUGUUUUUCAAGAACUCUCUCACAUUUUUAAGCAUUGUCAUAGGCUUUUGUAUAGCUGGGAGGUAAUGUGUGCAGUGUAGUUGCGACUGAGGUCUUUCUUUGAAGCACAGGCAUAUGAUCAAAAUAAUUCAGCUUAUUUCCUAGUUCGGUUUUGUGUACACAUUUGUUGGGAAGUUAUUUGGGUACAUGAUUUGAAGAAAUUUUUUCUUUUGUGAAGCCCGCAAAGUGAUUGCUUUUCCUUACAUUAGUGCAUAUAUAUGUAUGUACAUGUACAUAAAAUUUUGGAAGAAAUUUUUUUUUGAGUUCAUGUAAACAAUAGCCAGGUUAAAAUAUUAUGACCGUUCUUAUGUUACAGCUUAUGCAUGUGAGAAGAUAAGUAAGAGUAGAGUGUAAAUUGUUGUGGAUAUGUAAUUGGGAGUUGCAGUCCAAAAUUUCAUUUAACAUAAGAGCUUUAAGUUUUCUGGCUAUGUUUGAAGCUGUAUCACAAUGGGCCUGCUUCCAUUUUCGGGAGUUGUGCCAUUUGUUGGCUGGCCCCUGUUCGAAACUUGUGGAGAUUUGUGCCUGUGUUUUACUGACUGGACGACAAUGUUUAACCUUGUGUUGGGCCUUUGCAAGCCCAAGCUGAUCUGACCCGUCGGUUUGACAUUUAUUGUUUAAACUGUAAUGGCAAGUUAAUACCUACAAAUAAAAUACAUACAAAUAAAA